UGACAGCCAAGUGUUGUAGGUGCUGAGUUCUGGUGCAGCGCGGCACACUCGAGCCCACUGGUCGCCAUCCAUCAACUACAAAACCUGCCCUGCCUUCUUCCACGUUCUGGCACCAGAGGGUGGUGGUGGUGGUAGUGAGGGCAGCUGUAGUGGUGGCGGUGGUAGCUUGGGCGGGAUGACCAUUACCAAUCCGGGCGUCCCAGUCCAGGAGGCUAAUGUUGUGACGCAGCCUCAGGGGCCGCACUACACAAACCGCACAACAGAUAUUCCCCCGACUGAGGUUAUUCACCAGGUUGCAUGUGAGGUGGAGAGUCUGGAGUGCAAGCACUCCCUCCAGCUGCCUCCAGAUCCACUCCACAUGCAUCCACACCAUGGUGGUGGAGCGGGUGGUGCCCUCACCAUCGUGGUAACUCCCCCCAUACCACAACUGAGCCAGGGCUUGUUUCCGCAGCCUCAGGGUGUUGUCAGUAUGGGGGCAGAGGAGAAAGGACCCCUCCCAGCUGCUGCCAUUACCAGCACCACAGUGGCAACUCCUGUUACAACAUCAGUGCUGCAGACUUCACAAAUUCCUGCGAUGCUCAUGGCUACACCAACACCUGGUAUUAUUGCACCAACACCCAUGUCCGGUGAAGUCUUAUCCACUCCACCUGUUGCAGUUGAUGUUAGCUUGCCAGUUGCAGCAGAUGAGUUGCAGAACCUACCACCUGGCUUCCAGCCCAGUUUCCAGCCUGGUUUCCAACCUAGUUUCCAACCUGGCUUCCAGCCUGGCUUCCAGCCUGGCUUCCAGCCUGGCUUCCAGCCUGGUUUUCAGCCUGGCUUCCAGGCUGUCCCUCAAGGCACUCUGGACCCAGCCAUGAUGCAGCAGAUGGCAGCACUGCCCCCAGAUAUGACCUCUGCAGCUACAGCUGUCGGGGUGUUGCCAGGAAUGGGUCUUCAAGUAGGAGAAUCAGGUCAUGUUACAGUGUGUCCAGCAUCUGGACUUCCUGUGGGUGUUUCUGCACCCAUGUGUAUGCCAACACAGGUGGGACUUGCACCUGAGGAUUCAUCUGCCAUGGCUUCUGCAAUACCUCCUGGGGUAGGUAUGUCUGGAGCGGCUCUUGGAUUGCCCACAGAAGUGAGAUUAGUGGCUGUUCCAAACCCAGAGCAGCGCAGUAAGAUGGAUUUGAAUGCACUAAGAGAACAACUGCAAAAGCUUGUUCCAGGUGCACACGUUACUCUCACUCACGAGCCACAGGAAACUGUUAGUAGUGGAUCUUCUGGAAUGGAAGGCAUGAGACAAGAGUAUACGCAGUCCCAAUCUCAGCCUUCAGUAGCAAUUCCUCUAACUGUUAUGGAUUCAAGAGCUGAUGGCAUGCCAGGGACACAAGCACAGGGCCUUGAAACGCCAGCUGGGGUGUCUGUGGCUCCAAGCAUGAUGCUUCCACAGACAGUAAGAUUACCAACGGGUGAAACAGUCGCCUUAAUGACACCAGUCAUGAUGGAGUCAGGUGUACCACAACCACAUGUGUACCCAGCAGUGGUGCCACUUUUAGAUGGCACUCCAACCCCAGCUCAGGCCACUUUGGGGCCAGGUGGAGUUGGGGAAGCCUAUGCAUGGAGAUCAGCAGUGGCAUCUCCUGUCCCCCUCCAGGGCCAUGUGAGCCUCUCUAGGACACCAUCACUCAAAGACUCAGAGGGAGACUCCAAGUCAGACCCUGGUGACAGUAGGCAGACCAGGAUUGCACGGUUUCAAGUCACAAAGGUGGUUGAGGAUGCUGUUAGAAGGGCUUCUGACACGUCAACAUGCAGCACCCCAGUCAGCUCCCCAGUUCGGCGCACCGGUCGUUUUGCCAUCACAAAAGUGGCGGAGUCAGCAGGAUCUGGCAGUGGCACUCCUGUAGGUUCAGGCCCUGGCCUUGCUGGGUCUCAAGCACACUUGCCUGCGCAUGCAGAUUCUCUGGGAGGGACACCUUCAGACCCCCCCUCUGCCGGGCCCUCAGCCCCUCCAUCCAUGACCUCCUCCUUUGUCUCUGAGGACACAUCAGCUACAACACCUGCCACACCCGCUGCUGAUGGAGAUGCCUUUAGUCAACAGCCUUCAGUAACAAAUGACUCUAGCGAGGACCACAUACCAACUCUGGGGGAUAGUCAAGGCAGUGUAGUUGUUACUAGACCCCCUGGCGAUAGCUGGCAGCCCCAGUCCCAGCCCUCACCUUCCUACCCCGACCCCCAGCAGGCAUGUGGGGCACAGGGCAUUGCUGUCCCUCCCCACCCAACCCCUCCGCUUUCACAGGCUUCCCCCAAACCCCCCAUUUCACAGACUCCCACCAGGGAUAGCCACAGCUUACCCAGACCCAAAACAAGCAGUCAUUCUGCAAAGAUGGAGACAUUCAGAAAGACCAGGAGCCUGAAACUAGACAUUCCUGAGACUCCACCUUCCAGUAGCACAAACACACCAGACCUCUGUUUCAAAGAGGCCCCUCCAAUAUGCAUCACUCCUGCAGUUUCUAGUGACCAUACUUCAUCUUACUUGAAAGAAAAGCCAUCAAGCGUUGGUUAUGAGAGGCAGUCUGAUAAGAAAAAAGUACCUUUGCCCAAGACGCCAAAUAUUGUUAAGAGCAAAUCUGGUCCAUGGAAGUUUUCAGCAAGUACAUCUUAUGAUGCAGACACUGAGGAGCUUGCAGAAAUGGCAGUUAGUAAAGAUUCCUCUGAGUGUCGUAGAGGUUCAUCUGAAUGUGGGUAUGCAGCUGUAUGCUGCAAGAGUGUUGAAGUGCAAACUGAAUGUUCAGAGGGUCAGGGAUGUCAGAGCGCAGCUUCACUGGCACAGACCUCCCCAAGUGUUAAAACUCGUUCAAAGCAAAAACCAGUAAAAGGCCAGACCAACCUGAUUCCUCCACCAGUGCCUCCAAGAAAUCGACCCUUAAAACCUGCUCUGAAAAAAACAGAAAGCAUUAAUUGGCUAGAUCGCAGCAGCAGUAUAGUUGACUUGAGGAAUCUAUUUGAAGAAGUCAAGCAGUCAAGAGAAAUGUUACAGAAAUCUCGAGAGUCACUAAACCGCUCUGGGGAAAGGCAGUCACUUAGUGUUUACAGCCCAUUAUCACGCACCAAAAGCGUAAGUAACAUGCAUCAUGUGGGCUUAUCAGCAGCACGGGAUUCAGGACUGUCUCAUUCUUCUUGGGAGCUUAGUGAGGCACGUGCUUCAACUCCUCACCUUCAUCCACUUAGAACAGUGAGCAGUGUCAGCUUUACAGAGGAUGGACAGUUUGGGAUGCAUUCACCAGGUCAGUCUAUAAAACAAAGUCCAGCUGUAAGGAGAUUAACAAGGAGGAGCCAUCACCAUGGUGUACACGAAGAAUCUGUUUAUCAUACAGUACAUACGUCAUCCCAUCAGUUGCCAACUCCACGUGUUAUUAGACCUCAGCAUACUGAAACGCUGCAUACUCCUGCAUUCCAAGACGAUGUUUACUAUACCAUUCAAGGAGGAACAGGUGUGACACAGCACUUCCAGUUGGAAGAGCAUCGACCCUGGUACAGGAUUAAACCUCGUUCAAGGACACACUCAAAGAACUACUACCCAACAUCGAGUUCAAGCAGUGAAGAAGGAUUUGCUGAAGAUGAUUCCCUCUAUGAACCUCUUCGGGAAUCCCCAACUAUGACGUCACCGGAGGCAUACAAUCCUCAAUUUGCAUAUGAGGUUCCAUAUCCUCCCCAGCGAUCACCCAGAUUCGCAAGCCAGCUGUCUCACUCACCCCCGCACACUUUCCAUUACCCUCUGUCUCCCAGGAGUCCUUUGCAUUGUCAGUCACCAAAGUCUCAAGGCCAACCUGCUCAUUCACAGCACUACUUUUGCCAGAGUCCUCAGCAUUCCCCACAAUCCCCCCCUUGCCCUGUGCAGUCACCACCACACUAUCCUUCCCAGCCCUACAAUUACCCACCGACCUGCAUGACCCUUAGCUAUCCCCAAUCUCCAAUUAGCCGAGCGUGGCCCCCGUCCUCAGCCCAGCUUGACAUGGGCCACUCACACUCGUGGACCGAGGACGAAGAACUGGAAACGGUGAGGCAUGAUCUGGAAGAUUUCUCAGAAGAUGAUGACAGUUUUCAGCAGCUUCUUUACAAGCAAGAACACGAGGAAGCUGAACUCAGACGUCGCCACCAACAAGAACGGGAAGCCUACAAAGUCCAGCGUCUACAACGAAGCCAGAACAGUAGACGACCUCAGUCUCUACGCCUGGCUUCAUCCCCGGGUCCCCCCACCCCAGGCACGACUCCAACGUCGCCACACUCCCAGUCAGACUCAAAGCAGUCAGAGAAAUGUGAUAUCCCAGUUGGUGCUAAUGGUGAUGCAGCCAUUGCAUCCGAUCAUUCUGUGGAUACCUCCAGUAGUGGCACAACGUCAGGAAAGAAGGGGCGUACAAUCUCAGAGGAUAUGUUAGAGUUGGUUCAGAACCUGAGCGGCCCUCGACAGGCGCAGCGGCCAUCUCAAGGCAAGAUGACACUCAACCAGAUGAUGGCCCAGCAGAAAGCCACAGCAUCAUUACAACAUCCAGGGCAGAGACCAGUUUAUCCCACAGUGGGAUAUGCUACUGCACCUUUUCAUGGCCACAUAUUUCCCACAUUUCAUACAUUCCCCUACCCGUAUCAGAAGCUGUCCGAUGGCUCAAUAGUGGCUGUGUCCCAAGUAGAUGAUGUUUCUGGAACUCCCCCUAGUACUAGUAGUACCAGCAGUAGCGGCAGUAACAUGCCAUUACAGCAACAACCCUCACAACAGCCACCUGCCACAAGUGCCUCAUGGGUACAGUGGCAACAGCAGUAGGUGUGGCCAACAUUCCAAGUUCCCUCUCAGGGACAGGAACCUGCAUCUGUGAUCCUCUAAUUUUGUACUCCCACAUAUGGAGAUGAGCUCAGCAACGGCAGUGGAAGCAACAUGGUCCUGGCAGUCCAGCAGAAGUUAACCGUAGAAUAUUUUGUGUCUCAUCCAUUGAAUGACAUGGGUCUUACUAUUGUCCAUUUGAAGAACUUUACAAGUGAUUUACAGCUGACAAGGGGCAGCAGUGUUUCCAGUGCUAGUUGACGAGUUUCAAACUAGUCAUCAAAUAGAAGGGAUGAAAAUGGAAAUUUCUAAUGUUUGUUUGCAUCAGAAAUAAUUUGAUUUUGUACCUCAGUCAUCCAUUCUGUUCUUUUUAGAUAUGACUAGAUGUAUUGUUUACUAUAGUGAUCCUUUUUUUUUAUUAUAUUACUGUUCCAUGACGUAUGAGAACAAAUGUAUCUUUUAGGUGAAUUGAUCAAUCAUGUUGAAACACUCCUCUCUGUUCAGUGGUUGUAGAUUGAACAAGGGAUAAACAGUGUAUAUGUUGUAUUAUAAUAUGUACAGUGAGAGUUGUACAGCGAUGAAAUAGUGGUGGGUCCUGUGAUGGGAACUGCACUAGAGUAUGAGGGAUAUACAAGGCUAGCCACAGUGAUUCACAAGAAGGCUAAGCAAAUGCUGAAUGGUCUUCCAGCUAAACACUGAAGGUUAUACAUGCACAUAGUGUGAAAUGCCUACAGCGUGCUUAUGCCAAGUGACCAGUGACUGUGGUCAGGAAGACCUUCAAAUAACUCCACCCAGACUUUCCUCGUAAGGUGGUAUCAAUGGUUCAUUUUAAAGCAGGAGGCUUCCUUUAGUUAGCCUGCAUGUGUAUAGCAAUGUAAAGGACUGAAGCAAAGACCAAGAUUAUUAUUGUGAUGGAAUUUGGUGCUACUGCACGUCUCAUGUGCAGUAUGUAAGUUUCUAGAGAUUUAUUCACAUGUAGAGAAAGUGUGAUGGAUUACUGCAGAAGUUCUGUUUUAUUUUUAACCAACAUAAUGUUGAUCCAGACUAUCGAAGGAAGGGAUAUUUUUUUAUCUUUUCUUUUUUUUAGUGUUAAAUUUUUCUUUUUUUCAAAGAAAUUAGGUGAACAUAUAAAGUGAGCAAAAGCCAUGUAUUUUGAGAAGUAAAUUCAUCUGCUUUAUCUUCAAGAAUGGAAUGCAAAUAUCUGGCAGUUAGGUGCCAUCUACUCUGAAAGAGUUCAAGAAAGAUGAGUGUAAAAGGAGGAUAAAUUCUUGGUUUUUCCUUCUUGAUAGAUACAAGAAGUAAGAUUGUAGUAGAGGGAGGACAGACUGUUAUCAGAUCUUCACAAUUGGUUGCUGAGUAAUAUUAUAGGUAAGAAGUUUUAAAGAGCUGUAUCUUUAUAUCAGAACUUUAAGGCAUGAAAGGGAAUUUUCAUACAUCAAAAAUUCUCAUAUGACACUAAAACUGGUGAAUAAGAAUGAUGUACAUCAAAUGAAGAGACAUUUUACCAGUCAAAUGUGUAUGGCCUUGUUGAUUGUAGUGAUAAACGUAAUAUUAUCAUGUAGCAUCAUCUCUGUCAACUGACAUUUAUAGGUGAAUUACCUUUAUCCUGCUUCAAUCUUUACCAGUAAUCCAUGUAUCUGUCCCCCACUGGUUUGUUGAAUACUCCAUUGCUUAUGCUAACUACCAGUUAGGUAACAGCCGUCAUUAUCAUGCCAGGAGCGCCUCACUUGCAUUUCAUGUUUCCAUUCUUACUAAGAUAAUUACUAUGCUUUUUAAGCUUUGAAAAGCAGGAGAUAGGUAGCUAACACUUCCAUGUGACUACCUGUUUUGAACCUUCCUUCCAUCUGUAUGAGCUGAUUAAGUUCUUUUUGUUUUUUGUUUUUUAUUUAUUUUUUUUAUUUUGUUUUGUUUUUGUUUUUUUCUACUUCUUGCUCUGCAACCAUGAUGUUGAGCCAAGGUGGUGCUGAGCUUGUCCAGGUUUUAGGCACUUCUAUAACCUAUGUAGGAUUUGCUUUCUAGAUUGCCUGUACGUAAUAUUUAUAUGUUACUCUAGAAUAUUGUAUUAUAUUUUAUAUUCAAUUUUUUUAAUGCUUGAAAUGUAAGCUACUAAAAUUCCUUCCAAUAAUAUUUGUAAGUUUGCAUUGGUUAUUGGCUAUUUUGUUUGCACUUGAGUUGCAUAGGGGACAUGGGACUCAGCACUCCCCUGCCUCGACGUAUGGUUCACCUGCAGUCUGCCAUGCAGUUGUAUGCCAAUUGAAGAGAUCUUACAAGUUUCAUGGAAGUCCACUCAUUAAUGUGCUGUAUAAAUAUAUUGUAUGAUAUUUAGAAAUGAUCAAAUAAAGUGGUGCAAAAUUUUACUGAGAGUGGUCUUUUAUUUUUUACCCUGCAGAGUACUGAAACUGCUUUUAUGUAUAAUGUUCCGUUUAAUUGUUUUGUCUUUCUGACAAUUGUAAAACUUUCAUUUGCACAUCAUCAUCUUUGUAAAAUUCCACUAAACCAGGACCAAUGUAUAUCCCUUCCUCUGAGGAUUUCCAUAACAUUAAAGUUUUGUCAGUGUUAAUGUAUUAUAUACAUUCCAGAAAAUGAGGUGUAUUUUUUAUUGCUUCUAAAGGUUCACUUGCAUCUAUGAUUUCGAAGAGUUUUAACCUUGUAGGUGAUAUGUUGUACCUUUUGAUAUUGGUUAUAUUCUUCGUGUUUGUGAAAAGUUAUUUCAUUUGGUAUGAAAAAUGUAUCUCUAAUCAUUUUCAAAGGAAUCAGUUGGUGUUUUUCCUGUUCUAUGUUUUUACUUGUGCUGUAUUUACUUUUAUUACAUAAUUUUAUUGUUCUCUUGAAAAAAGAAAAAAAACAUGUGAAACCACAUGAUUCACCAACUUUUAAAACUUCAUUAAAAACAUUAUUAAAGAGGAUUUUCCUAAUUAAUUUCCCAUGAUGUGAGAGGGUCGUAAAGUGAACUUAAUGAAAUAUGUGUGAACAUUUAAAAUUAGUCUAUGACAUUAACAUUUUGUAUUUAAUUUUGUGGCAGUAUCAGCAAAUGCUAAAGGCAGUGAUGACCUUGAAAAAAAUAUAUGAAAGUAAGAACACCAGAUGCUCAAGCUCUCACUGCAAAAAAUGUGAUUCUCUAAAUCAAAAUUAUAUUUUCAUAAUGCAUGUUCAUGACUGCUUAGUGUAUUGAUGUGAUAAAUUAUAAAACUUUUUAGAACAUUCAUCUUAAGGUUUGAUGAAAUUUUAGAAUUCGCCAUCACAUUGUUGAUCAUUAUUGUGUAUGCGCCUGGAAGGUCCAAGAAAAUAGAGAAAAUAAAAUGUCAGUUUAAGUCGGUAACAUAUUAAGAUAUUUUGGUAUAGCACUGCAAUUAUUUUAUUUUUUCAUGAGCAAGGAAAGACAUUCUGUGAAGUUCAAUAUCAUACAAAAACUGCUUGCUUCCCAUUAUAAAAUAGUAAAGCUUAACAAAAAACAUUUUUAAACAAAAAUAAUUUCUUGUUAAUUCUACAUAGACUGGAAUGUGAGGAUGACGUUGACCAGUUGCAUAAUUGGUAAUUGUACAGAAUGAGCAUGAGUUAUUUCCCUUUCAAGGAGUGGAAUGAUAAUUUCUGGGAAGUUAUAAACAGAUGUUCUAUGGAAUCAGUUAGGGCAGCCAAUAGAUGACUAAUAUGCACGACUUGCGUAACUUCAUAUACUAUCCACUUUGAUUAUUAAAAAA